AUGUUCGCCUUUCCUUUCACGGCGAGUCAGUCCUGUCUGGAAAGGGAGCGGAGCCCUGCCGUGUCGUUCAGCCAGGGAAACGGAGAAGCGCUCGAAGUGAGCAGUAAAGGCAAACGGAUACAACUCGUGGCUCGGGGGGAGGGGUUAAAAAUGCAGCUGCGGUUCUGGCCGGCUGUUCGGCCUCGCUGCGGGUCCGUGGGAGGGGAGAGCUGUUUUUACGUGCUGUUUUACCCAGCUUGUCUCCUACGUACACGCAGGCUCCUUGGGGAUGAGUUUUGCAGUGCUGCCGGGCCAGGUCGCGGGGCCCGUUCUGGGCUGGAGGAUAAAGCCCUGCUUGAGUCUUACAGGAAUCUUCUUGAAGGCAUUGAGGCUGUGGGUAGAGCUGGAGGGACAGACCCUCGCUUGUCUCCCAGGCCGGAUGCCGGCAAUGCAGCAAAGAGAAAGUUCAGAUUUCUGCCAGAGCUGGAUUUUGGUGCCCGAGUUCGCACAAUGCCCCUGUCAGAGAACACUGGGUUGCUGCGCAGUGUGUUUCUCCAGGUGCCUGAGAUUAUAAGCUCUAUUCGACAAGCUGGAAAAAUUGCUCGUCAAGAAGAGUUUCAGAAUAAUCUCUCAGAUGUUGAAGACCCUUUUGCCAAAAAGUUUGAGGUGCUGUUCUGUGGACGGGUGACAGUAGCACAUAAAAAUGCACCUCCAGCACUCAUAGAUGAAUGCAUUGAGAAAUUUAAUCGUGCAAGCUGUACGCAAAAAUCAGAUUUCAACUCAUUGUCCCAACAACAUGAAACUGCCAAUAGCUUUGGAGGCUUCUCUUUCAGCAACAAAUUUCGGUCUGUCUUCCAGCCCUUGGUCAGUGAAGAGGAGGAGAAAAGGCCAAUUAGGAAAUCCUUUUCUCAGCCUGGGCUUCGCUCCUUUGCUUUCAAGAAGGAUUUGCAAGAGGGAAGCCACAGAAGUAACAGCUUUGUCAGGUCUUUUGAAGAAGAUGCAAUUUCACUGAAUCUAAGAAGUCAACUUAUCUAUGGACACAGUGUUGUGCAGCCAACAGACAUUGCAGAAAACCGGACGAUGUUGUUUACGAUUGGCCAGUCUGAAGUUUACCUUAUCAGUCCUGACACAAAAAAAGUAGCAAUUGAAAAAAGCUUUAAAGAAAUAUCCUUUUGUUCUCAGGGAAUUAGACAUGUGGAUCACUUUGGGUUCAUCUGCAGAGAAUCUUCAGAAAAUGGAGGCUUCCACUUUGUUUGCUACGUGUUUCAGUGUACAGAUGAAGCACUGGUUGAUGAAAUCAUGAUGACAUUGAAACAGGCUUUCACUGUAGCUGCUGUGCAACAAACUGCCAAGGCACAGCCCCAGCUCUGUGAAGGAUGUCCUAUGCAAAACUUGCAUAAACUCUGUGAAAAGAUAGAAGGAUUACACCCUUCUAAGACUAAACUAGAACUACAAAAGCAUCUAACAACACUAAAUAACCAGGAGCAGGCCUCUGUUUUUGAAGAGGUUAAGAAAUUAAGACCAAGAAAUGAUCAAAAAGAGAAUGAGUUGGUUAUCUCUGUUUUGAGAAACAUGUAUGAAGAAAAACAGAAGGACCAUGUUCAUGUUGGAGAAGCAAAACAGACUUCACAACCUCCUGCUGAGAAUGCUGUAAAUGAGGUGCCCAGCAGUGCUCCGAGAUUCAGAUUAGAUAUGUUAAAGAACAAAGCAAAAAGGUCUCUGACAGAAUCAUUUGAAAGUAUUUUAUCACGUGGCAGUAAAGCCAGAGGUCCACUGGACAGUUCUGGUGCUGUGGAUUUGGACAGCUCCAUGUCCAGUAACUUAAGCAGCACAAGUAAA